AUGCCUUCUGACAGUGAGAUGGAUCUCGACCCGGGCAUUGCGGCUAAAAAAGCGAAGCUCGGGCUCCUAACUCAUACCUUUGUAUCGAGUCCGAUAAUUCAAUGGAUUCUACCAGCACGCCUGAGGAGCAAGUAUCAGAAUGAUGUUGUGUUUGUUGGCGAGCGAUGCUUGCAAAUCAAGGAAGCGAUAUCAGGGACACACCUAGAGGAGGUCACUACAAAGUCGGACUUCGAUGCUUAUAUCAUGGCGGCUAAGGUCAUUAACGUCAGCACGGAAUUACCCUGGGAAGUCCAGAUGAAGGCCGGGUCUAGCACUGCGGAUGCCAGCCUAGAUGCACGGCACGAGCUUCCUCCUCAGAUAAUGGUUCUUAGCCUCGCUUCAAAGGAGCUAGUGUUCCUGUGUUAUUCACGCGCUGCCGGACAAUUUAUUCAUUGUCAUCGUCCAUUGCCGAGCGAUGUUAGCACCUUCGAGAGAUUCGGUCGUAAUAUUGCUGUCGAGCCGAGGUCUCGAGCAGUUGCCGUGAGUGCUUCUAGCGACUACUUUGGCGUGUUCGUUCUGAAAGCUCCUUCCGUCGUGCAAGCUCAAAUGUUAGAAGAUCAGUUGGAUCCCGUGGCAGAGGAGCGAUUUUUUCGCCUUGAUGGCGACAUCAUCUUCAUGGACUUCCUCUAUCCGAAAUCUGAAGAUGGCGAUAAGAUCAUUCUUCUUCUCUUGGUGUCUCACGAGCAGACCACACACGCUGUAUGCUACGAGUGGAAUGCGCAUCAGAGCCUACGACAAUCUCAUCCCCGUGUCACUAGAAAGUCGUUACCAGCUGACGACAGGUUGCCUACUAUGCUAAUCCCAUUGACCAAGGCCUCAUCUUUCAUGCUGGUCACUACAACUACGAUGACUGUCUACCGGAAUAAGCUCGAUCUCCCAGGACCACCUAUCAAGUAUCCAAUCCCCGUUCCUGACCGUGAGCAGCAGAAGUCGCCUCUUUGGACCCGAUGGGCACGGCCUCUGCGUAAUGCAGUGUACAACCAGAUGCAUGAUGACAUUUACCUCUGCCGUGAGGAUGGAAGGAUAGAUUAUUUGGGUGUUGGAAACGAAGGUGAAGUCGAGAACCAGAUUCAGCUUGGAUACUUGUUUUGCGAUGUCGACGCUGCCUUCGAUAUCCUAGAUAUCGGCUACGAGGGCGGUGAUCUUCUUCUAGCCGCUGGUAGUACUGGGGAUGGUGGGCUCUUUGUCCAGAAAGCCCGAGACCAACCCCGCUGCGUUCAGAGAUUCACCAACUGGUCACCGGUCACGGACUCCGUGAUUGUAAAGCAGGCCCCCAGCCAGAAUACGGCGGCAGACUGUGUUGUCGGUGAUCGUUUGUUCGUUUGCUCUGCAUCAUCUUUCGGACGCGGGGCUGUGGUUGAGCUGCGACAUGGGAUUGAAGCCCAAGUUGGACUAUUGAUAUCCCUGGAGGAACUUUCAGGAGCCAGAGACAUAUGGAUCCUACCGGACAGCAUCAACGGCGGCGUUCUCAUGUUGACAUCUGACCCUGUGUCUUCAGCAUUUUUAUAUUUACCGACUGAUUUCACUGAAGAGAUAUCCGCUAUCGACGAAGCGGAUUGUGGGUUGGACUCAAACUCGCCGACUCUUGCUGCAGGAUACAUCGAGCCGGGUAUGCUUGUGCAAGUUACUGAUAAAGCGAUAUUUAUGGGCGCAACGACGGAUGCACAGUUCCGUUCUCGGAGUGACCUCGAUAUUGGGCAAAGCGUGGCGGCGGCUGCUGUGCAUGGCCCAACGUGCCUUGUUAUUACGGCCAUCCGCACUCACCAGGAAUUACAAAUACGUUCGAAAAGAAUUACUCAACUGGGCAUCGAUCUUCAGUUAUCCGAAAUCAUUCCGCCGUUCAAUAUCGACUACGAACCGAUCUGCAUAACAGUUGAGGAAUUGGGCAUUGGUACUUUGGUCUUCAUUGGCAGCGGCGAUGGCAGGGUGCUCGUUUAUCGCAUUGAUGAUAGCUUCAAACUACUCUUUGACUUCACUGUGAAAGUCGAGAGUGAUGAUGACAUAUCCAAGGCGAUUGACAGUCUAGCAGUCAUUGCCCACGCAAAGGGGACGCUUAGCAAGGCAGUCCUGCUCUGCGGCUUGAGGAGUGGUUAUUUGGUUAUGCUUGAUAUCGCGAUGGAUGCAAUAAAUAUCAAUGCGCCCUUAGAUAUGCGGCAAGCCACAAUCAAACACCUGGGAUAUACUUCUGUACAAGUGCAGAGCACCGGAAGCACUGGUUUAAUGACAUGCGGUAAUAGCUUCUGGCGAUUAACAUGCUCUCAAGAGAAUGAGGCUAGUGACUGUGCUAUUCAGCGAAUAUGGAUAACAGACCAGAAUAAUCCCGCCUACUCUCCCAAGAUCAUUCAUAGUUUUGCUAUGAUAGGCUCCAGCAAUACCGACAUUACUGACAUUUCUGGAAGCCUUUUCUGUGUUGCGGAUGGGCAACUAAUGGUGUGCACCUUAGACUGUGCUGUCAGAACUAUCCCUCGGAGAAUCAGCCUACCUGGCAGUGCGCACAAACUGGCUUAUUCGCAGCAUUUAAAAAGCCUGGUGGUGGCCUACAGCCAAACCGCCUUCGAUACUGACGCGGAUCCUGUCAAGCGGUAUACCAGACCAUAUAUUGAGUUCCUGGAUCCGGAUUUGCAGCACCCACUCGAUGGCUCUGCCGAAGGUUUAACAAAUUACAUGAGUAAACCUUGGCGACCUCAAGGUGCUGCCGGCGAAAAAAUCAGCUGCAUUCUGGAAUGGACUCCCAGGAAGGGCGACGAAGAAUACCACUUUAUCGUCAUUGGAACCGCACGUCGGAACCAACAAGACCGAGGGCGGGUUAUCUUCCUUCAAGCUUCCCCGGGUUCAUCGCCAGAUUCUCAAAUCGAAUGUUCUGUCAAGUAUAUUCACAAGUUUGAGGACCCGGUUUAUACCAUAGUUCCUUACGGUGAAUUCACCUUAAUGGUAUCUACCGGUCAUGAAAUUGUAGCAUUGGAGCCGAAAUUUGCACAAUCACGCCGUGCUCGCUCUGCACGGUUCUCGGUCUUGUCCCCAGUUAUCUCGAUGUCCUCUCAUGAGCCCUUUGUUUAUCUAUCGACGGCCAGAGAAUCCCUUAUGGUGCUAAAGAACACAGAGGACAAGCUGGCUCUUCACGCAUAUGAUCGUCAGAAGCUAGACGGGCUGUCUCAUAUCCACAUUGGCGGAGACUUGAAGCUCACUUUGGCUUCUAGCAGAGGUGGGCGGGUCAGUUUGCUCACUGAAAACGGCGUGACGGAGACUGAUAAGAUGCUACCUGCUGCCUUAUGCGAGGCGCACCUUCCUUCGUCCGUGUUGAGACUCCUUGCCAGCUCAGAGCCAUCUCCGCUGUCAACUCGCUCAGAUACCUUCUAUGGCACCGCAAUGAAUGGUACUGUAUACCGUAUUUUGAUUUUAGAGGAGAAAGAAUGGCAUCUUCUGCGCCUGCUGCAAGACCUUUGUAUUCGGGACACUGGUAUUUGCCCAUUUACGCCAAGAAGGAAAAGGCAGCGCAGCCCAGCCGGUCAUGACCCUCUUGAAUUCCAGCCUGCGCGUAUGCACAUUGAUGGCGAUAUCUUGAGUCGGCUUGUCGCGCGUGAUGCCGAUUAUUUGGUGAAGAUGCUGGCCAGAGAAGAGGACCAGCCUACAAACAAUACUGUUCAGCUUUUCAAUGAUCGAACAAGGGACGUCCUUGGAGAGUCUCCAAACCCCCCUGAAGCUGUUAUAAAAUGGCUGAAAAGAGUGUUCCAGGUGGAAUUCUAG